CGCCCCGACAAGGCCGCCGCGCUGCCAUGGUUGGGGGCCGUGGGGGCUCCGGACGCGGCCGAAAUGAGCCGCCGGAGAGCUACCCUCAGCGACAGGACCACGAACUGCAGGCCUUGGAGGCCAUUUACGGCGCCGACUUCCAGGACCUGCGGCCGAACGCCUGCAGACCGGUCAAAGCGCCCCCUGAAAUCAAUUUAGUUCUGUACCCUCAGGGCCUAACUGGCGAAGAAGUAUACGUGAAAGUGGAUUUAAGGGUUAAGUGCCCACCAACCUAUCCAGAUGUAGUCCCUGAAAUAGAGUUAAAGAAUGCCAGAGGUCUGUCAAAUGAAAGUGUUAAUUUGUUAAAAUCUCGCCUAGAAGAACUGGCCAAAAAACAUUGCGGGGAGGUGAUGAUAUUUGAACUGGCUUACCAUGUGCAGUCAUUUCUCAGCGAGCAUAACAAGCCCCCUCCCAAGUCUUUUCAUGAAGAAAUGCUGGAAAGGCGGGCUCAGGAGGAGCAGCAGAGGCUGUUAGAGGCCAAGCGGAAAGAGGAGCAGGAGCAACGUGAAAUCCUUCAUGAGAUUCAGAGAAGGAAAGAAGAGAUAAAAGAAGAGAAAAAAAGAAAAGAAAUGGCUAAACAGGAACGUUUGGAAAUUGCUAAUUUGUCAAACCAAGAUCAACCCUCUAAGAAAGACCCAGGAGGACACAGAACAGCUGCCAUUCUACAUGGAGGUUCUCCUGACUUCGUAGGAAAUGGUAAACAUCGAGCAAACUCCUCAGGAAGGUCUAGGAAAGAACGUCAGUAUUCUACAUGUAGUAGUGAAGAUUCUCCUGGCUCUUGUGAAAUCCUGUAUUUCUGUGUGGGUAGUCCUGAUCAGCUCAUGGUGCACAAAGGGAAAUGUAUUGGCAGUGAUGAACAGCUUGGAAAACUAGUUUACAAUGCUUUGGAAACAGCCACUGGCAGCUUUGUCUUAUUGUAUGAGUGGGUCCUUCAGUGGCAGAAAAAAAUGGGUCCAUUCCUUACCAGUCAAGAAAGAGAGAAGAUUGAUAAGUGCAAAAAGCAGAUUCAAGGGACAGAAACAGAAUUCAACUCACUGGUGAAAUUAAGCCAUCCAAAUGUAGUACGUUACUUAGCAAUGAGUCUCAGAGAGCGAGACAACUCCAUUGUGGUGGACAUUUUAGCAGAGCACAUCAGUGGGGUCUCUCUGGCUGCACACCUGAGCCACUCAGGCCCCAUCCCCGUGCAUCAGCUUCGCAAGUAUGCAGCUCAGCUCCUGUCGGGCCUUGAUUAUCUGCACAGCAAUUCUGUGGUGCACAAAGUCCUGAGUGCAUCGAAUGUCUUGGUGGAUGCAGAGGGCACCGUCAAGAUUACAGACUACAGUAUUUCUAAGCGCCUAGCAGACAUUUGCAAAGAGGAUGUGUUUGAGCAAACUCGAGUUCGUUUUAGUGACAACGCUCUGCCUUAUAAAACAGGGAAGAAAGGGGAUGUUUGGCGUCUUGGCCUUCUGCUGCUCUCCCUCAGCCAAGGACAAGAGUAUGGAGAGUACCCUGUGACCAUCCCUGGUGACUUGCCAGCUGACUUUCAAGAUUUCCUAAAGAAGUGCGUUUGCUUGGAUGACAAGGAAAGAUGGAGUCCUCAGCAGUUGUUGAAACACAACUUUAUAAAUCCUCAGCCAAAAAUGCCAUUAGUGGAACAAAGUCCUGAUGAUUCUGGAGGACAAGAUUAUGUGGAGACUGUUAUUCCUAGCAGCCAGCUACCCAGUGCUGCAUUCUUCAGUGAGACACAGAGACAGUUUUCCCGAUAUUUCAUUGAGUUUGAAGAAUUACAGCUUCUUGGCAAAGGAGCUUUCGGAGCUGUCAUCAAGGUGCAGAACAAGCUGGACGGCUGCUGCUACGCUGUGAAGCGCAUCCCCAUCAACCCGGCCAGCAGGCACUUCCGCAGGAUCAAGGGCGAGGUGACACUGCUGUCACGCCUGCACCAUGAGAACAUCGUGCGCUACUACAACGCCUGGAUCGAGCGGCACGGGCAGCCGGUGGGCGACACUGGCGACGCUGAUGGCUCCGACAGUGUGGAGGCCGCUGCGCCACCGCCCAUCCUCAGCAGCUCGGUGGAGUGGAGCACGUCGGGCGAGCGCUCGGCCAGCGCCCGAUUCCCUGCCACCAGCCCAGGCUCCAGCAGCGACGAGGACGAGGACGAGCACGACGGGGUCUUCUCGCAGUCCUUCCUACCUGCUUCAGAUUCAGAAAGUGAUAUCAUCUUUGACAAUGAAGAUGAAAACAGUAAAAGUCAGAAUCAGGAUGAAGACUGCAGCGGAAAGAACGGUUGCCAUGAAAGGGAGCCAUUGGUGAUGACUGAGGCUGUGCACUACCUGUAUAUCCAGAUGGAGUACUGUGAAAAGAGCACUUUACGUGACACGAUUGACCAAGGACUGUAUCGAGACACCGUCAGACUCUGGAGGCUUUUUCGAGAGAUUCUGGAUGGAUUAGCUUAUAUCCAUGAGAAAGGAAUGAUUCACCGAGACUUGAAGCCUGUCAACAUUUUUUUGGAUUCUGAUGACCAUGUGAAAAUAGGUGAUUUUGGUUUGGCGACAGACCACCUAGCAUUUGCUGCUGACAGCAAACAAGAUGAUCAGGCAGAUCACUUGAUUAAAUCAGACUCUUCAGGUCAUCUGACUGGGAUGGUUGGUACUGCUCUGUAUGUAAGCCCAGAGGUCCAAGGAAGCACCAAAUCUGCAUAUAACCAGAAAGUGGAUCUCUUCAGCCUGGGAAUUAUCUUCUUUGAGAUGUCCUAUCACCCUAUGAUCACGGCCUCAGAAAGGAUCUUUGUUCUCAACCAACUCAGAGAUCCCACUUCGCCUAAGUUUCCAGAAGACUUCGAUGAGGGAGAGCAUACAAAGCAGAAAUCUGUCAUCUCCUGGCUGUUGAACCACGAUCCAGCAAAAAGGCCCACAGCCACAGAACUGCUCAAGAGUGAGCUGCUACCCCCACCCCAGAUGGAGGAGUCAGAGCUACAUGAAGUGCUGCACCACACCCUGGCCAAUGUGGAUGGGAAGGCCUAUCGCACCAUGAUGGCCCAGAUUUUCUCCCAGCGCAUCUCCCCCGCCAUUGACUAUACCUACGACAGUGACAUCCUGAAGGGCAACUUCUCAAUCCGGACAGCCAAGAUACAGCAAAAUGUGUGUGACACUAUCAUCCGCAUCUUUAAAAGACAUGGAGCUGUCCAGUUGUGUACCCCACUACUGCUUCCCCGAAAUAGGCAAAUAUACGAGCACAAUGAAGCUGCCUUGUUCAUGGACCACAGCGGGAUGCUGGUGAUGCUUCCUUUCGACCUGCGGGUCCCUUUUGCAAGAUACGUGGCAAGAAACAAUAUACUGAAUUUAAAACGAUACAGCAUAGAACGUGUGUUCAGACCUCGCAAGUUAGAUCGAUUUCAUCCCAAAGAACUUCUGGAAUGUGCAUUUGAUAUUGUCACUUCUACCACCAACAGCUCUCUGCCCACUGCUGAAAUCAUCUAUACUAUCUAUGAAAUCAUCCAAGAGUUUCCAGCACUUCAGGAGAGAAAUUACAGUAUUUACUUGAACCAUACCAUGUUAUUGAAAGCAAUACUCUUACAUUGUGGGAUCCCAGAAGAUAAACUCAGUCAAGUUUACGUUAUUCUGUAUGAUGCCAUGACAGAGAAGCUGACAAGGAGAGAAGUGGAAGCCAAAUUUUGUAAUCUUGCUUUGUCUUCUAAUAGUCUGUGUCGACUCUACAAGUUUAUUGAGCAGAAGGGAGAUUUGCAAGAUCUAAUGCCAACAAUAAAUUCAUUAAUAAAACAGAAAACAGGUGUUGCCCAGUUGGUGAAGUAUGGCUUAAAAGAUCUGGAGGAAGUUGUUGGAUUGUUGAAGAAACUUGGCAUAAAGGUCUUGAUCAAUUUGGGCUUAGUUUACAAGGUCCAGCAGCACAAUGGAAUCAUCUUCCAGUUUGUGGCCUUCAUCAGACGAAGACAGAGGGCUCUACCUGAGAUCCUUGCGGCUGGUGGCAGAUAUGACCUGCUGAUUCCCCAGUUUAGAGGACCACAGGCUCUGGGGCCAGUUCCCACUGCCAUUGGAGUCAGCGUCGCCAUAGACAAGAUAUCUGCUGCUGUCCUCAGCAUGGAAGAGCCUGUUACAGUAAGCUCUUGUGACCUCCUGGUUGUAAGUGUUGGCCAGAUGUCCAUGUCCAGGGCCAUCAACCUAACCCAGAAACUCUGGACAGCAGGAAUCACAGCAGAAAUCAUGUACGACUGGUCACAGUCCCAAGAAGAAUUACAAGAGUACUGCAGACAUCAUGAAAUCACCUAUGUGGCCCUCGUCUCAGAUAAAGAAGGAAGCCACGUCAAGGUUAAGUCUUUUGAGAAGGACAGACAGACAGAGAAGCGCGUGCUGGAGACCGAUCUUGUAGACCAUGUUGUGCAGAAACUGAGGACUAAAGUCAGUGAUGACAGGAAUAUCAGAGAAGCUUCUGAUAAUCUAGCAGUGCAAAAUCUGAAGGGGUCAUUUUCUAAUGCUUCAGGUUUGUUUGAAAUCCAUGGAGCAACCGUGGUUCCCCUAGUGAGUGUGAUAGCCCCGGAGAAACUGUCAGCCAGCACCAGGAGGCGAUAUGAAACUCAGGUACAAACCCGACUGCAGACCUCCCUUGCCAACUUACAACAGAAAAGCAGUGAAAUUGAAAUUUUGGCUGUGGAUCUACCCAAAGAAACAAUCUUACAGUUUUUGUCAUUAGAGUGGGAUGCUGAUGAACAGGCAUUUAACACAACUGUGAAGCAGCUGCUGUCACGCCUGCCAAAGCAAAGAUACCUCAAAUCAGUCUGUGAUGAAAUUUAUAACAUCAAAGUAGAAAAAAGGGUGUCUGUGCUAUUCCUAUAUAGCUACAGAGAUGACUACUACAGAAUCUUAUUUUAACCCUAAAGAACUGUCAUUACAUUAUUCAAACAGACAGGGGCUUAUAUUGGAAUAAUGGAAUGUUGUACAUUCAUUGUAAUUUUAAAUUAACUUUAAAUUCUAAGAAGCUGCCCUACAAAGUUGAGCUUUGUGAGUUUUUCAUGUGUAAUAUAUCGUGAAUUUAUCUUUUUGGAUAUAAUAAAUGCUUUCAUAUAUCU